AUGCCUCGAGAUCAGAAAUUUUUUUGUAAGUACAAAUGUUUGCAGCCCGGUUGUCGCAAGACCAUUCGCCAAGAUAAGUGGAGUUUGCAUUGCAGAAAAGAUCAUGGAUAUAUGCAUGCAAGAGGCAGUAAUAAUGAUAUGAGAAAAUCAGAUGAUGAUAUUGGUGAUGUUGUUGCUAAAGAAUAUUUUCCAACAGAGGCAGCUGAAUCCAACAGCAACGUUUGUGAUUUGAUUCAAUCUAACAAUUCCAACUUGAAUGCUCAUAGUUUAGUUGAAAAAAAUAUUGAAAAUAAAUUUAAUUAUUGUGAAAAUCUAAACUUAGCUUUAGACAAAAAUGAUGCAGCUCAGUUUUGUGGACGAAUAUUGAAAAGGCAUGAAAUAACAACAUGCCUGGCACUUGGUGUAUAUCAACCAAAUGACUAUUCCUAUCCUGUUACUGAUGGUCGCAGUUUCCAAAAAGAAUAG